ACUGCGAUGGUGUACCUGCGGCAGGUAACGCAGCGCCGGAAACUUUGUUCAACUUACAGUGUAACGGUUUGAAACGUUCGGUAGUUAUACUUGAUGCUACAUUCCAAGUACGAGGCGACCACUAAAAAUUAGGAUCGCUGUACCCUGGUGCUCCUGCUUGCGGUCCUCACUCGCGUUGCCACUGGCUCCCCCUGCGAGGCGGGGCGGUUCAAGUGCGGGGAGCGGUGCAUCGCCAACGAGUUUGUGUGCGACGGCCAGGCGGACUGCGACGACAGCUCGGACGAGGAGGGCUGCCAGACCUGCAGCCGCAGGGCGCUCCGCUGCAACGGCGGCCUCUGCUUGCACCGCGGCGCGCGCUGCAACGGGAGGCCGGACUGCAUCGGUGGAACAGAUGAGGUCGACUGCCCGGAGUGCCCUUCAACGGUACACUUGCUACGGCAACAGGACGCUAGACUUGGAGUACCACUGCGAUGGCUACAACACCUGCGACGACGGUGAUGAGUAUCACUGCAACUCGUGCCAGGGCGGGGCCUUCCACUGCGGGCAGGACUGCCCGCUCAGCUUCAAGUGCGUCAAGCCGAGCACAGUGUGCGACGGUGUCUCGGAGUAUCCCUUCACCCACGAAGAAGACGGCUGUGCACCAGAUGGACCGGGCAGCAUGAGCUUGCUGGAGAUGGCAGCUCGCCUGCAAGUCAACUCAGUGGUGAGGCGCGGCCGCGACUGGCAGUGGGGCGACUCGGACGGGUCGGGCCUUGGAGUUGUCCUCUCGCCCAUCGACCUGGACGGCUGGGUCAGCGUUAACUGGACCAGCUCUGGGAAAGUGCAUCGCGUGCGCAUGGGUAACGAUACCAAGUACGACCUCAGCAUAGUGGUUGCCGAGAAAAAGGAUUGCCCAGCAGACCGCUUCGCAUGCGACGAGGGUCGCUGCAUUCACCGGGACUUUGUCUGUGACGGGCUGCCAACCUGCGCCGAUAAAACAGACGAGAUGGAGUGCCGUUGGUGCAGCCCCAGAGCCUUUCAGUGCGCACCCGGGGGUCAGUGCCUGCAUCAGAAGCUCCUCUGCGACGGGAUCAACGACUGUCCGUACGGCCGGGACGAGGAGAACUGCGAAGAGCGCAUCGUCCCGCGCCAGAAGCGCUUCCUGUGCAACGCCGGGCCAAGCAUCGUCCCGGAGAAAUUGGUCUGCGACGGCCAGAUGGACUGCAUAGACGGCGAGGACGAGGCCCACUGCGAGCGUCACUGGUGGAGGCAGCACGAAUCGAGUGGAGCAUUCGCUGGGUGUCAAGGCGGUGCGCUGUACUGCAAAGAAAAGAGAUGCCUGAAUCCAGGUCUAGUCUGCGACGGAGUCUACGACUGUGCUGAUGGGGAAGAUGAGCAGGACUGCGCAUCAGCUGGUGCCCUCAAACUGCGAGGUCCCGAGGCUGCAGCCCGCAUGAAGAUCGGCUCUCUCGUAGUUCACAGCAAUGACAGCUGGUCAAGUCCCUAUAGCAAAGAUAUGGCGCCAGGGCCAAAAGGAAUCGUCAGGUCACAAGUCAACAAACUCGGCGAAGUUUUAGUCUUUUGGCCUACCUUAAACAAGACUACAAAGGAGUACAUGGCGCAUACCGAUUGGGACAGCCAAAUAUACAAGUUCUACUACGAUCUGCACGUUUUGACGAAAGAGUCAAAAGAACAGAGCUGCGGGAUUGCGGCAAGAGCGGAUGGCCCUCUGGUGUUUAGCGAGACACUGGCUCCUCUCGGAACCUUCCCGUGGCACGCUGGGAUAUAUCUGAAGAAGGGUUUGACUUACACUGGCAUAUGCGGUGGUUCGCUUAUCACAUCUACCGUCGUUCUCUCAGCCGCCCAUUGCGUAGCCAAAAGAUACAACGAGAAAGAAGUGUCUCCUGAUCAGCUCGCCGUGGCUUUAGGGAAGUUCCGCAGCGGUUGGGACGAUGAAAAGAAAGGCGUUCAUAAGAGUGACAUCAGAGAGAUCUCGAUCCAUCACACCUACAAAGGUCAACCAGGAAACUAUGCUAAUGACAUAGUUUUGCUUCGUAUGGAGGAUGAGAUUCUUAACUUUGGAAGAGCCAUAUCUCCUGUAUGCAUCGAGGACGACGUGGGCCUUAAAGUCAAUGAGCCUAUGCAGAUCGUUGGUUGGGGUUACGGGGACACGCUUCGACCGGAACUUGCAUCGAUCAGCUUGAGCUACGUACCGUACGAAUCGUGUGUCACUCACGUAAGAGAAACGUCCAGCAGGCACUUACCCUGGAUAACAAGAGACAAAAUCUGUUCAAUUAGACAAAAAGAACUCACCUUUUCGAGCCGGGAGGGGCUGGCGCGAGGCGACAGUGGCGGAGGGGCCGUGGUUCUGCGGGGAUCCUCGUGGUUCCUUGUGGGAAUCGUCUCAACGAGCUUCGACAACCACACAGUCCACACAUUUACGGAUGUGGAGCAGUUCAUCCCCUGGAUCCGCCAGUUUACAGCUCGCCCCGAGGAGCUAACCGCGGCUACACCACAUAGUGCUCUCACAGAAUUAGAGAGCACUAUGUCGCCAAUCAUGGAGAACAUUGAUGCAACUACAGCAGAAACUUCCGCAACUAGAGCUCAUUUACAAAACUGAAAAGGACGUUAACUUUCAUGUUCCGAAAAUUCUAUGAUUUUGGAACCUAUGACAUGUGUUCGUUUGAACAUAAAUUGUACGAGCAAUCAAUCUGAAAAUGCAAUAUAAUGUUAAUAUACAGCUCGCGUAGAUAGUAUUUCACAAACAGUGAAAUAUGAGCGGUGUGAACAGUGGACAUAUCUACUAAUCAACAAGAGCAAUAAACCAUUUCAACCGA